GAUUGGCUAUUUGUGCCUUUGCGCUGUCUCCUCGCUCACUGGCAAGUUCCUGGAGGGUAGGGGGUGGUCCAUCUUGCUUAACUUUGCCCCUGGCGUCUGGAACGGCUUAUUAGAAGGUCCAUGUGGGUGUCAGGAAGAAGGCAGAGGCCAAUGGGUGCGCGAGUCGUGCGCUACACUUAGGACGCCUUGGGCGGGCCAGGACCUCGGUCUCGGAGCCCGGGUCGCCGCAGUUUUGCCCUUGGACAGCAGAUGGCGCUGCAGGCCAGGUCCACGCAGCGCGCGGAAGUCCGGAACCCGGAAGCGCCGGCGCGCCACUGCCGGGACUGGCGGGCCCAGGUCUCCCGAGGCGUGGCAGGUUUCGGGAGGGCUGGUGGUCACCCCACUCUCUGCCGCCGCCUCCUCCCGCAGCCAGCGCUCCAGGGUCCUCUCCAGAAAGGGGCACGGAGGGGCUACCCCGCGGAUGCCCACGUGACGGGCGUCCGAGCCCGCCCCGGGCUGUCCGGGGAGUGCAGGGAAUAUGGGCGUGCUCAGGCCCGGAUUGUGCCCAGGCCUCACCGAGGAGAUGGUCCAGCUUCUGAGGAGCCGCGGGAUCAAGACAGUGGUGGACCUGGCCACAGCAGACCUGGAGGAGGUGGCCCAGAAGUGUGGCUUGUCUUACAAGGCCCUGGUUGCCCUGAGGCGGGUGCUGCUGGCUCAGUUCUCCGCUUUCCCCUUCAAUGGCGCGGACCUCUAUGAGGAACUGAAGAUCUCCACUGCCAUCCUGUCCACCGGCAUUGGAAGCCUGGAUAAACUGCUGGAUGCUGGUCUCUAUACUGGAGAAGUGACUGAAAUUGUAGGAGGCCCGGGUAGCGGCAAAACCCAGGUGUGUCUUUGUGUGGCUGCACAUGUGGCCCACAGCCUGCAGCAGAAUGUCCUGUACAUUGACUCCAACGGAGGCCUGACGGCCUCACGCCUCCUCCAGCUGUUGCAGGCCAGAACCCAGGAUGAGGAGGAGCAGGCAGGAGCUCUCCAGAGGAUCCAGGUUGCGCAUGCUUUUGACAUCUUCCGGAUGCUGGACGAGCUGCAGGACCUCCGAGGCGCUGUGGCCCAGCAGGUGACUGGCUCUUCUGGGACCGUGAAGGUGGUGGUUGUGGACUCCGUCACUGCAGUGGUCUCCCCGCUUCUGGGAGGUCAGCAGAGGGAAGCCCUGUUCCUGGUCCUCUCUGUCCUCCUUGUCUGCUGCUCCUCCCCAGGUUUGGCUUUGAUGAUGCAGCUGGCCCGAGAGCUGAAGACCCUGGCCCGGGACCUCGGCAUCGCAGUGCUGGUGACCAACCACAUGACCCGAGACAGGGACAGCGGGAGGCUCAAACCUGCACUUGGACGCUCUUGGAGCUUUGUGCCCAGCACCCGGGUUCUCCUGGACAGCCCUGAGGAAGCAGGAACAUCAGGCAGAAGCCAGCGCAUGGCUUGUCUAACCAAGUCACCCCGUCAGCCAACAGGGCUCCAGGAGGCGGUGGACAUCAGCACCUGGGGGACUUCAGAGCAGAGCUCAGUAUUACAGGGAGAGCAGACAUGACUGGUGCUGUUGAUUGGGAAUGAGGGAGGCAUGGAGCGAUGGACUGCUAUUCGCUGCCACCCAGCACGUGGGACUGCAGGAGUUCACAGGCGCCCAGAGGUCCCCUCACUGUGGAAGCACACUGAGCCACAGAAUAGAGGCUGCCCAGAAGUCCAAGCUGGUGUCAAGUCCUUUCUUUCAUGCCUACCAUCUAUGUUUCCAGGGGAAGCUGAAUUCACCCUGGUGGGGGCAUCUCAAAAGGCCACACUAGUGAUGGAUGCAUGGCCCCAGGUGUCACCAUUGGAGGCUGUGCUCAAUCCUAGCACAGUGUUUAAUCCAGGAAGCCACUAUCCUGCCUUUGCUUCUCUCUCUCUCUCUUUCUCUCUGCCUGUUUUUGUUUUGGGAACUCCCUUUCCCUCAGCUCUAUCUCUGAGUUACUAAGUGGAAAACCUCAAAUAAAUGUAAAACUCUUUAUCCAUGUUCUACUCUUAACAGAAUAUAAAAAGGAAACUCCUGGAGCCCCAGAGCCACCUGAUUUCUCUCCCCAGAUGGUUGUUUUUGUGAUCCCCCAGUGAGCUCCCCUAAAGAAUGAUAUUCCUUCUUUUUGGUUUGGUUUCACACACCUGUACAUGUCAUCACGAUGAGGUGAGAAUGUGGGCUUGAAGCUGUCCCAGGGAUAUAAUUUAACAGGAAGGAAGGAUAUGACCUGCAUCUAGUGAAUCCAGCCACUUGUUUAAUAUGCUCGAUGCCCUGUUAGGUCCCUUCCACAGUAUAGAGUAACCAGAGGUGCCAAACUGUGGCCUUGCCCAUAAAUAGAGGAGAAUUUGCACAAUAAAUAGAGUCAGCUGGGAAAAUUGAUGCUGGCGUAAAUAAUACAUGGCAAAUCUAGUCUCUUAUGCAGAAAUUCAUUGCUGGUAGCUCUGAGAUGCAAUAUAAUUACAUCUCUCUUCCUGCCAGCUGUACCACUGCCUUGUGCCUUAGUGUAUAAAAUAACCCCUGUCUGUUAGCAACACUGUGGCCAUCCGUCUGAGAGUCAUAACCCUGGCUGGGAUGGGAGGAUGACACUAGGGAAUA